AUGAAGGCAUCCGUCACCACCGUUGUCCUCCUCGCUGGGCUUGCCGUCGGUGCACCCACUAGAACUAUUCAUUCCGACCUUGAGAAGCGUCAGUUCGGCACCGGCACCGAUGGACUGAGUGCUCUGGCCUCUCUUUUCCCUAUCCUGGGCGGGGGCGGCUCUUCCACCUCGUCUGGUCUUGGUGCUCUGGCCUCACUCAUCCCUAGUCUGGGCGGCUCCUCGUCUGGAAGCGGCUUCAGUCUUCCGGGAUUCACCUUGCCCACGUCCAUCCCCGGCCUGGGCAGUCUAGGUAGCCUGGGUGGCCUGGGUAGCUCCGGCUCCUCCGGCUCCUCCGGCCUUUCGGGAUUGAGUGGACUCAGCGGACUCAGCGGACUCAGCGGCUUGAGCGGCCUCAACGGGCUGAGCGCAAGCACCACUGCCUCCAGCGCCGAGGCAGGCAGCAGCGCUAAGGCCGCCACCAGCUCCGAUUCCAACUCGGGUGUCGCCCUCUCCGGGCUCCUCGGUGAACACAUCGCUAAACGCGACCUUCUAGGCUCCAUCAGCGAAAACGGCGUCAAAAACAAAGCCGCCUGCCAACCCCUCACCUUCAUCUUCGCCCGCGGCACCUCCGAAAUGGGCAACAUGGGCUCCAUCGCCGGUCCUCCCGUGGCCACGAAACUCCGCUCCCUCCUCAACAACAAGGUCGUCGUCCAGGGUGUCGACUACCCGGCCUCCAUCGAGGGCAACGCAAUGCUCGGCGCCGCGGGAGGCACCACAAUGGCCAGCCUGGUGAAGCAGGCGUUGUCGCAGUGUCCCGAUACCAAGGUUGUGGUGGGCGGGUACUCGCAAGGCGCGAUGGUCGUGCACAAUGCGGCGAACUCGCUGAGUGAUGGCCAGAUUGCCGCGGCGGUGCUGUUUGGCGACCCGUUCAAGGCCCAGGCUGUUGGGAAAGUGGCCAAGGCGAAUGUUAAGGAGUACUGUGCGGCUGGGGACCCGGUUUGUCUGAAUGGGGCGAAUGUGCUGGCGCAUUUGAGCUAUGGGGAUGAUGCGGCCGAGGCGGCGCAGUUUUUGGUUACGGCUUCGGGGGUUAAGGCUUAG